AAUCUUGAUUCAAUCUUGUGUCAAUCGGUGACGAAAUAUUUCUUCCAUCGGAAAAUAAAAAGAAAAGAGAAGAGGAGGGAGAGUUAGUUUGAUCCAACACAAUCUCUCGCUGCCAUAGCAACGACUGCGGGACUCACCUGAACCCAUUCAAACCGCAUCGUGCAUCUUCCACGCAUGCUCUUACAUUCUCCAUCCACAUCUACAACGUUCAGUCGGCCAAAAGCAUCAGCACAUUUUGGCCAAACUGACAAUCCAUGGCUCCCGUUGGCCGUGUUUGCAACGGAAACAUCCAGGCAACAGGACAGAUGUGGGUAGUUUUCUUAGUUUGGACAUCGACAGUCAAUUGCGGCGAUUGGAAGUCGCAUGGAGUUGCCACCAGUUGUGAUCAGACAAUCAGUAGUGAGACAUCCAAGAAUGGAACUUUUACGAGUCCGAAUUAUCCAGAAGCUUAUCCUUCAAACGUAUUUUGUGUUUAUCAAUUUGAAGGCAAAAAGGAAGAAAGGGUGCAAAUUUUAUUCACAGAUUUUGAUCUGUACAUGCAUCAAGAGUCGACUAAAGAAUGCGAAGGAGUGGAUUCGUUAGUAGUGUUUAUUACUGUCAAUGGGCAAAAAGAACAAAUUGAUAAUUUCUGUGGUAAUGAAUUGCCAGCUCAAUUAAUGUCAAAUGGUCCUACCAUGACAGUUCAGUUUCGCAGUUAUCAUUCCUCCAAAAAUGUCAAAGGAUUUCGUGCAAUUUAUAGGUUCGUAACAAAUUUUGGUAUGACAGCUGGAAGGCAAGAUUCCAAAAUAGAUUGUCGUCUCAACUUUAAUAGUACUGAAAGAACCAAUGGUACAUUCACAUCUCCGAAUUGGCCCGGUUAUUACCCACGAGAUACCGAAUGUCAUUAUUUAUUUUAUGGCAAUGGAAGCGAACGUGUCUACAUAACUUUUGCUUAUUUUGACGUGGAUGGAAUUCCUCCUUGUGAGAGCGAUAGUGCUAGUGAUUAUGUGGAAUUUUCCAAUUUUCGCACGGUUGACAGAAAAAUUCCGAAACAUUGUGGUUCUAGAAAGCCAAAGGUUAUCGAAUCGGAUGGUGAUUUCUUUCGUGUUACAUUUAAAUCUAACGAUAAGUUCGAUGGUACUGGAUUCGAGGCCUUUUAUCAGUUCAGAAACUAUAAUGAUCCAUUUACUAUCAAACGUGUAGCUACAACGUCGGGAGUAACGCGGUCUUUCUCUUUGAUUCACCAGAUGGCAGCAAUAUUCAUAUCCACCAUUUUUGCUUUGGCAAUAUUUAAAAUAUAAUGGCGUAAGACGAAAUAAACCAUAUCCAAGAAAAGAAAUAAGAAAUUCAGAGAAGUAUAAAUAUUUUCUGAAUAAGUAAAAGAAAAUAUCAACAGAAUUGCCUAAGAAGUUAUGGACUAAAUCACUUUGUUAUAAAGAAAAAACAGUAACAAAAUGGCGAUGCGUACACGAAACUCUAUUCACUUUCUUUACAUUUAACGCUUUAAUUUACUUCUUAAAAAAAUUAAUUUUUGCUACGAAAAUCCACUGCCAAAUAAUUAAUUUUUAAUUAAAAUCAAUUUUUUGCAUUGAUACAUAAUGAAGCAUCGCUAUAAUUUUAAGUCUUUUCUAUGUUUUUAAGCCGAAGAAUACUCACAAAAAAUAUUUAUAAUAUUUUAUAUUCUUAAAAAAUACGAAUUAUUAUUAUAUGAAAUAAUUUGUUCUUUCCGUAAUUUUCGUUUUAAAUUACAAAUUAUCACUGUAAAGAUAAAUGCAUUGUAAUAUAUAGUUAUAUAUAUUAAUA